AUGUCCCAAGUGUGGAGCAUUUCUGACUUUUUGUCUGAACUUCGCCAUCUGGGCCAGCUCACUAAGAUGCGGCCAGGGAGCCUGGUCGUCACUACCAUGGCGACCACACUCGUGGAAAGGAUCCGUGCGGCCAAGAAUUGGACAUCGGCAGGCAUCAUCCAAUUGAUCGGUGAAGUCCAAAGCAUGGAGCUGCCAGAUGCCAUAAAGGAGAGCAUCCAGGAGGCCGUUGAGACAUGCCAGACCAACGAAGCCUCCCACAUCAAGCUCUCCACUUGCGGCCAGAAGAUAUUCCAUGUGCCAGCAUACUUGACCACGGCGGAUUGGCAGGCUCUCGAAUCUGCCGUAUCCAAGGAUGACCAGAUGUCUGUCAUGGCCAAAAGGCUCCGAGCAAUGGGCCUUACCUCCCUGAAGGAGAACACGGUGCACCAGGUGCUCGCCACCCUGCUCUACGUCAACCGCAGCCGAGGCCAACCACAGAUGCAGCCGAGGGCCAUACAUUCCAUGGUAGACGACUUCCAGGCCAUCUUCCACGGCACGGCCAAGAUUGAGGCUGUGCCCAAACUGGCCACUUACUCGGAGGAUCCUCUCCAGAAUGGCGAGGCCUGGCUGAGCCAAGCAUACACGAAUGGCUGCACUCCAGCCAAUAAGGUGCUUCCUCUGCAUGCUUGGUACAGGAAGGUGCCCAUUAGGAAGAACCAUCAUUUGCUGGUUGGCUAUGAUGUGCCGGCGGAGUCCAAGAAGGCACAUGGAAGCCAUGACCAUCUGGCCAAAGCUGCCCAAAUGCUCUCCCAAUUGGCAGAACGGCACUGUCCGAAGCCCUGGGUGACCAUGGAGCCUUCCAAGAAGCAAGCCAAACUUCAACACCUUCUGACGUUCAAGGCCAGCCUGCCAGGCCAUUCCCAAAGUGCUUUGGCGGGCUUCGUCAAAGCAGCCAAAGAGCAGGGCCUCCUGGAAGCCAGUUCUUCCAACGACCAGCGAAAGGCACGGCAACAGCUUCUUGAAAGCUGUGAUGGCGGCCCCCUGGGACCAUUGAUCCAGCAGGCAGAACUGCCCAUGAGCGACGGUGCCACAGUGACCAUCCAUUUUGCCAACCUUCUGGUCUAUAUCACCAGUCUUUUCGCCAUGGGGGGCAGCUUCCAUGAUCUGCUCCAGCGGAAGCAUGCGGCCAAUCCCUCGUCGCUGGACCAGCCCUGGUCCUUGAUCUUGUAUUGCGACGAGGUGAUCCCUGGCAAUGUUCUUGGUCGUGCAGAACGCAAGCUAUGGGCCAUUUACGCCACAUUCCUCCAGCUAGGCCAAGAAGCCAUGGGCCACGAAGACAUGUGGCUGACCAUCAGCCUAGAAAGAUCCGCCUUCGUGGCCCAAUUGCCAGGUGGCAUCGGCCAGGUGUUCGCCAAGAUUCUGGAAGCCAUCUUUUGCUGCCCCAUGGCUGAACCAUGUGGAGGCCUGCUCUUGAAAAGUCCACAUGGGCCCAUGGGCAACAUCCGCCUCCAUUUCAAUUGGGGUAUAUGCCUCGCUGAUGGGGCUGCCCAGAAGCAGAUCUGGUCUUCCAAAGGCGACGCUGGUACCCGAUUUUGCAUGUUAUGCGCAAACAUCCACUCAGCAGCCACCAUGGCUGCAGGCCAGGAUGUCAUUGACCAUGCGACGACCAAAUACCACCAACUGCGCUUAACAACCGACAAUGAGGUCAUCCAGUCCUACCAUCGUUUGGACCAACGGCAGCAAACAUGCACCAAGGCGGAUUUCCAGCACUGGCAGCAGGCCGCAGGGUGGACGUGGAAUGCCCAUGCCCUCCUCUUGAACCAGCCGCUGUUGUCCAGAGGCCACAUUCGACCAGUGAGCCAGUUUUGCCACGAUUGGAUGCAUGGGAUCUUGCAAGGCACUGGCCCUGUCGUCCUCUUCCAGACAAUGGAGACCAUUGGCAUGGCAAUGGGUUUCAAUGCUUGGGAUUCCAUGGAAAAGUACAUCCAGCUCUGGUCCUGUCCAGGGGCUUCCAAAGCAGGGCACCUGAAAGCUUUGUUUUCCUCCAAAAUGGUGAGCAAACACCAGGCAAGUUAUAAGUUUUCCUGCCAGGCCAGCGACCUCUUGAGUAUAUUCCCCAUUGUGCGGCAUUAUCUCCACACCAUGGUUAUGCCGGUGGGCGGCUGCCCCAUUAAGGCCUGCGAGGCAUUCUUGGCCCAUGCAGACCUGCUCGACCAGGUGCACCAAGGAACCAUGUAUGGAGCCACUACCAGGGCAAGCCUACUACCAGCUGCUGAGUUAGCCAUCCAGAGUUUCGUGGAAGCCAACUUCGGAGUUUCCUUAAUAAAGAAGUGGCACUGGCUUUUGCACCUGCCUGAUUUCUUGGAGAGGCAUGGGAUGUUGCCAAGCACUUUCACCACUGAGCGGAAGCACAAAACCAUUGCCAAGUAUGCCACCAACUUGCAGAAGACCACGGCUUUCGAAAGCCAUUUGAUGCAGCAGGUCGUGGCCAUGGAGAUCACCACUCUGAAGGAGCCAGGUCUGUUCCCGGACACCUGCCAGCUGCUGAAGCCAAAGAAAGCUACCAAGCAGCAAGUCCAAGUCCUCCGCGACUUCGUGGAUGGCCCAUUGAACGAAGCCAUGGUUGCUUCGAGUGCGAAGCUUGCCAAAGGUGGCACCAUUCAUGCCCACGAUGUGGUUGUCUUCCAGUAG